AUGGUGAAACUACAAAGCCUUUCUGUAACGGAAUGUCACAAGAUGAAACUCAUCUUUUCAAAAGAACAAGGCAGUACUGAUGUUAAAAAGAAGGAAACAAUCUUUCCAAAUUUGAAGAAUAUCGAAGUGAGUAACAUGAAGAGUUUGAGUGAGAUAUGUGACUUUGAAUUCCCUGUAGAUUCCUUUGUCAAGUUGGAGACAGCAGUUAUUAAUGAGUGUGGUAAAUUGAAUCAUGUUUUUACUCAUGACAUGGUGGGAAUAUUUGAACAUUUAAGCAGCUUAAGAGUUACUAAUUGCAAGUCAAUAAAAGCUAUAUUUAACCUGGAUGGGAAAAAUAAGCUUGCUGGUACUAGUAGGUAUGCAAUAAUCAAAUUGCAAGAUGUUCAUUUACAAACACUCCCAAAAUUGGAGCAUUUGUUUAACUGGAAGAAAGAUCGGCCAGAAGGGAACUUUAACUUGAAGAAUCUACAAAAGAUAUGGGUUCAAGAAUGUGGCAGGUUGGAAAACAUAUUUUCUUUUCCUGUAGCCAAGACUAUUGAAGAUAAUCUUGAAUACCUUGUGGUGUCAGAUUGUUCUCAAUUGAGGGAAAUUGUAGCUGAGGAAGAAGAUGCCAAUAACCCAAGUAAUACUAUUGAGUUCACCAAACUGGCAACAGUCAAAUUUUUGAGACUACCAAAAUUUAAGAGAUUCUGCCGAAGAGACUAUGAAUUAAAGUUGCCAGCAUUGAAUGACUUGUCUAUUGAACUUUGUGACAAGUUGGAACCACAUUUCCAGAGAGACACCACAUAUGCACAAAGAAAGCCUAUGUAUUAUUUUGAAGAGGUAGAUAAUGCCUUAAAACAUUUUAUUAUUAGUGGGCUAGCAAUGGAAGUUGGUGAUGGACGAAGGACACUGUUUUGGGAAGAUAACUGGGUCCAGGGUGGUCCUCUGAAAGCGCGUUUUCCAAGGCUCUUCUCUGUUUCAAACAAGCAAGGAUUUGUGAUAGGGGAUUGUGGGUUCUGGGAUGGACUCUUUCGGAGGAGAUUACGAGUUAUAGCUUCACAAGUUCGAUCUGGAAAGGGUUGGUUCCGCCUAGAAUUGAACUGUUUGGUGUGGUGUGUCUGGUUGAGAUGUUUUCAUAGAGAUUGGGCUGUCCCAAGAAGCAUUGAAGGCUUGUUUGAGAGUUGGAAUGGAACACCUAAUAGAAAAGAGGAGCAGAAGAGGUGGCUGACUGGGUUCUUUGCGAUUAUUUGGAACAUCUGGUUGGAACGCAAUAACAGAAUUUUCAACAAUAAAGAGGCGCUCAAUGAGUUGAAGUCCUUGCAAAUUGGGUCACGGCAUGCAAAGUUGUUAAGUAACUAUGACUCCCGAAUGGACAAAUUAGAAGAACUUUAUUUUUCUCGAUUGGAUAGUAUUAAUGUCCUAUAUGCUUUCCUUCACAGCAAUCCAAACUUGAUGAGCCUUUGGUUGAAUAGAUGUUAUUUUCAAACAUUGGUUCCUCUUAAAAGGCCUCCUUAUAUUGAAAGAUUGGGGGUUGUUCCAAAGCUGAAAGGCUUGAAUUUAAUGGAUUUACCAUAUCUUGAGGGCAUCGGCUUUGAACGAGACGCGAUUCUUCAGAUGAUUGAGUCAUUGACUUUAAAGGAUUGUCCACGUUUGAAGACUCUAGCACCUUCCUCUGUAUGUCUCUCUCACUUGACAAAGCUGGAAGUAGUUGGCUGCAAAGGACUAAAAUAUUUAAUAUCACCAUCCACGGCAAGAAGAUUGGGUCAACUUAACACCAUGAAGAUAAUCAACUGUCAAUCUUUAGUGGAAAUUGUGUCAUGUGACAGAGAAAAUUUAGGUGAGGUUGACAUCAUUUUUGAACAACUGACAACUCUUGAGCUUGUGGCAUUAGACAGCCUACAAAGUUUUUGUAGUUUCAAGAGUUGUUCCUUCCAUUUUCCGAUAUUGGAGAAAUUCAUGAUGAAUGUCUGCCCCAAGUUAGAAAAUUUCUCUCAAGGAGUCAGUAACACUCCGAUUCUGCAAAAGGUGUAUCUUGAUGAUGACAAAGAGAAGAUGAGAUGGUAUUGGAAGGAGAAUUUACAAGAUACGAUACAAUAUAUAUUCAAACACAAGGAUUUUUUCGAAUGCAUGGAGGAAAUAAGUGUGAUUGAACAUCUUGAUUUUCUGGAACCAUUCUGGGAAAGUAACAAAAGCCUACAAGAAGACUUGUUUGACAAUUUGAAAACUUUAAAGCUGCAGCGUUGUGACUUCAAAUCAUAUGCAAUCCCAUCCAAUGUUCUUCUUUCUUUGAAGAUCUUAGAAGAAUUGGAAGUGGAUCAGUGCUCCACUAUACAAAGCAUAUUUGAAAUGGACAACACUAAGAUCAAGGAAACAUCAUUCCAGCUGAAGAAGCUGACUUUAACUGGGCUACAAAAUGUGACGCAUGUGUGGCAACAUGAAAAACAGGGGAUUCUGGGCUUUCAAAAUCUGCAGCAGGUGACAAUCUUAGGUUGUGGCGAAUUGAAAGCUGUGUUUCCAUUAUCAUUGGCCAGAUAUCUUAAAAAGCUCGAGGAACUCGCUGUAGCACAAUGUGAAGAGUUGCUUGAAAUAGUUAGAAAGGAAGAGGAAGCAAUGGAAAGAACAGAAAAUUUUGAGUUUCCGAAUUUAACCACGCUAGCACUGUGUCUUUUGCCCCGAUUCAGUUACUUUUACUCGGCAAAUUUCAUUUUGGAGUGCCCCAAUUUAAAUGAGUUACAGGUGUUUGGAUGUAGUGACGAGUUGGAACUGUUUCACUCUCAUCAACAAUUUCUUGAAGAUCCCAGCAGGAGACAACUCCUCUUCACCAAUAAAGAUGCUAUUUCCAAGGUGGAGAAGUUAAUGCUCAAUCAAAAUCACACUUUGGAAUUAAGUUCAUGGCUUGGACAAUCUAUGAAUCAAGGCCUUCCGUGUUUAAACGAACUUAACCUUGUUGACUUUGAUGAAGAGAAGAACAAUGAUGUCAGAGAGAACUCUACUACACCAUUAGAGAUACUAGACAAGACACCCAAUUUAGAGAUCAUUGAAAUAUAUGGCAACCAUUGCAAAACCAUCAAUAUUCCUGAAGCGGCUAAGAGGAUACUUGACUUGAAAGAAUUGAAGUUGUGGUCACUAUCUGAGCUGAACUCCAUUAGUGGUCUAGAGUACUUGUUAAAGCUGCGGCUAUUACAGGUUUAUGAAUGUCCAAAAUUGACAACGUUAGGACAAUGUUGCUCCAAUCUGAAGGAAUUGCAUAUAGAGGGGUGUCAUGGAUUGCAGUGUUUAUUCACAUCCUCCUCAGCAAAAAUGCUGAUACAGCUUCAGGAGCUGAAAGUUUUGUACUGUGAUUCAUUGAAAGAAAUAGUGGGAAAAGAACAGCAAAGUGAUGAAACAACUACAGUUUCUGCAGUUGAAUUCAAGCGGCUAGGGAGGAUAAUGUCCCAGGAUGAAAAUUUUCUCUCAAACAGCAAUACAUGUGGAACCUUCUAG